AUGUGUGUGACAACAGAACCCAGUGCCUUUACCUUCAGCACACAUCAACGGGAUACGGGUCCACCGGGGACCACCGGCCAUCAGGUACACACUCGCAUGGUCAACCAAAAUAUUAAUGUUACGUACAGAAUGUUACCCUAGUGCACUAUGUAGGGAAUAUUUUGCCAUUUCAGACACACCCUAACAUUAGAAGUAACAUGAGUUUGAAUAACAAUUUUCAGGCACUCUUAACAAAGUGGUUCUCACAGUCUUGGAGAGCUACAGGGUGUGCAGUCUUUUGAUCCAGUACAGCAUUUUAACAUACCUAAAUGAGCUAAUCAACUAACUAUGAAGAAUUUGGUGUUUCAGUGCUGAGCUGGCGCAAAGGACCAGAGUUGACAACCACUGCUCUAACAUUUAACUAACAGCCAAUGUUAACCCUUUCCUAACCCUGUUGUGAAGGAGGAUGCCUCAGAAGCAUGCCUCUCUGAGGAAGAGGAGGAAUACGAGGACGAAGAUCAUCACUCAUCAUCCUCUGACACGCUCACAUGCAGUUUUCCGGAGGUAAAGAUAAAAAAUAAAAAUAAAAUAAAACACAAGAUAUAUUAUUGGCCCACUAGUUCGUUGGCUACAACCACAAAUUAUUAUUUUAAUCCUGCCUCUGCUCCAAUUUAAUUGACUCCUCAUUUAUUUGCCAGGUCCGUUCUGGGACUUGAUCAAAAUAUUACAAUAAAGAGUGGGGUUAGGGCUAAGAGCUAACAUUUAAAGUUAGUGGUCAUAAUGUGGUUGUUGCACAUAGAGUGGGAUUGUUCUAUGCCUUCAGAAAACAGGUAAUACACUACUUCAUACAAUUUCUGACUUAUUCCUUUUAUCAUGCCACUAUUGUUCGGUGUUCAUAGCAACACACGUCCUUGGAAGUUGCGUCAAGAGUCUUCUACAGUGGUCACCUACAGUUCCCUCUUUUCUUUGAAUGCUAUUCCGUGUGGGCAUGCAACUGCAUUUUCCCUUUCUCUUUCCUCUUUAGCUGUGUGAUAGUUUUGUUUCAUAAUCGUCUUACUUUGCAGUAUUGAACGUUUUUUGAAGGUAUGGAAUGUUUUUCCUCUUAUGUCAUUGUCAUGAUAGUUUAUGUGGGCCUUAUAACAGGGUUUAAGUUUAACAUGUUAUACUUUUACUGAUUAUAGUCUCUACUGUCGUAACCUACCUAGAAAUCCCUUGGACACUGUCAGAGGCAGCUGUCUUUCAAGAGCCCUGUCUGCCACACACACCCAUAAUACACCUGUGUGCUGCGUGUGUGUGUGUGUGUACAUGUACUGUGUGUGUUAGGACCCAGACGAGACUCUUAGCCACCAGGAGCUGGCAGAAUCAGUGGCUACAACCACCCAGUGGCUCCAGGAUAGUGACGCUAUGUCUGAAGCGCACACCGCCGCUGUCACUAAGGUAAGCAGACGUUUAUAGUAAGUCCUCUAUACGUGGUCGUUUUUCCUUAUUUCUCUCAACAGUCACUAAAGGUCUCUGUGGAGUUCAGAGGGUAACACUUUAUAAUAACUUUAAUUUGAAAGCCAUUCAUAUAUCAUUUCUAAGGCAUGUAUUAAUGAUUUACUGCACAUUAAUGUAAAUCAUUAUAAUUAUACGGAACAAAAAUAUAAACCCAACAUGUAAAGUGUUGGUCCCAUGUUUCAUGAGCUGAAAUAUAAUAUCCUAGAAAUGUUCCAUACGCACAAAAAGUAUUUCUCUCAAAUUUUGUGCACCCAUUUGUUUACAUCCCUGUUAAUGAGCAUUUCUCCUUUGCCAAGAUAAUCCAUCCACCUGACAGGUGUACCAUAUCAAGAAGCUGAUUAAACAGCAUGAUCAUUACACAGGUGCACCUUGUACUGGGGACAAUAAAAGGACACUCUAAAAUGUGCAGUUUUGUCACACAACACAAUACCCCAGAUGUCUCAAGUUUUGAGGCGUGCUGACGUGCAAUUGGCAUGCUGACUGAAGGAAUGUCCACCAGAGCUGUUGCCAGAGAAUGUAAUGUUAAUUUCUCCACCAUAAGCCACCUCCAACGUCGUUUUAGAUAAUUUGGCAGUACGUUCAACCGGCCUCACAACCGCAGACCACGUGUAACCUCGCCAGCCCAGGAGCUCAACAUCCGGCUUCCUCACCUGCUGGAUCGUCUGAGACCAGCCACCCGGACAGCUGAGGAAACUGAGGAGUAUUUGUCUGUAAUAAAGCCCUUUUUGGGGGAAAACUAAUUCUUAUUGGCUGGGCCUGGCUCCCCAUUGGGUGGGCCUAUGCCCUCCCAGGCCCACCCAUGGCUGCUCUCCUGCCAAGUAAAUGAUCUGCCAAUGACUUGAAUACCUUUGUUCAUUAUUCAUAUUAUUCGUAAAGGGACAUUUCACGCAUAAAUGAACGUUUGUCAGAUGUUUUCAGAUCUCAAAAUUUUACUGAUGUCAAGAUGAAACCACGUCCCACGACAUUGGUUGUGUAGAUAACAAUCUGGAAACGUUUGUCAAACUUUGAUUUGAAAGUGCAAGGUCCCUUUAACAACCCAUUUAUAAAUUAUUAGUAAACUAAUUUGCAGUACAUCAUCUAAAGUGGCCACUAUAUCUUAAUAAUAGGUAUAUAAAUUAUUUAUAGUUUUAUAAACAAUUUGUUGAUCUUUUAUUUAACCUUGUCUCCAGGCUAAUUGCGCAUAGCGUAGAUAAGCCUGGAAUAACAGCAACUCAAAUCUGGCCUAUGUGGGAGUGAACUAAUUAAAAUAAAUAUUUGUAAUGAUUUGAUCUUAGCAAAUCAAAUGGCUGCAAGACGUGGCUCUGAAUCAGAGGUACACAAGACAGGGGUGUUUGUAGGGAAGUUCGGAGGGAGGUGAUUGAUUAGAGAUAAAGCCAGGGCUAUGGGUUGAUACUUUUUCUAUUGGACAAGGACUUUUCCCCGAUCUUUCUAUUGGGUUAACGCCAAGGUUCUUUGCACUCUGGGAGGAGGACACAAUGGAGUUGUCAACCGUGAUGGCGAGAUCAUGGAGCGGGCAGUCCUUCCCCGGGAGGAAGAGCAGCUCCGUCUUGCCGAGGUUCAGCUUGAGAUGGUGAUCCGACAUCCACACUGAUAUGUCUGCCAGACAUGCAGAGAUGCGAUUCGCCACCUGGUUAUCAGAAGUUAUUUUAACAGAUUCUCGCCACGCCACCUGGUAGGAGCGACCUGUCAGGUAGGACGCAAUCCAAGAGUGAGCAGCGCCGGAGAUGCCCAACUCGGAGAGGGUGGGGAGGAGGAUCUGAUGGUUCACAGUAUCAAAUGCAGCGGAUAGGUCUAGAAGGAUAAGAGCAGAGGAGAGAGAGUUAGCUUUAGCAGUGUGGAGAGCCUCCGUGACACAGACAAGAGCAGUCUCAGUUGAAUGACCAGUCUUGAAACCUGACUGGUUUGGAUCAAGAAGGUCAUUCUGAGAGAGAUAGCAGGAGAGUUGGCUAGAGAUGGCAUGCUCAAGAGUUUUGGAGAGAAAAGAAAGAAGGGAUACUGGUCUGUAGUUGUUGACAUCGGAGGGAUCGAGUGUAGGUUUUUUGAGGAGGGGUGCAACUCUCGCUCUCUUGAAGACGGAAGGGACAUGGCCAUCAAGGAUGAGUUGAUGAGCGAGGUGAGGUAAGGGAGAAGGUCUCCGGAAAUGGUCUGGAGAAGAGAGGAGGGGAUAGGGUCAAGCGGGCAGGUUGUUGGGUGGCCGGCCGUCACAAGUCGCAAGAUUUCAUCUGGAGAGAGAGGGGAGAAAGAAGUCAAAGCAUAGGGUAGGGCAGUGUGAGCAGGACCAGCGGUGUCAUUUGACUUAAUAAAUGAGGAUCGGAUGUCGUCAACCUUCUUUUCAAAAUGGUUGACGAAGUCAUCUACAGAGAGGGAGGAGGGAGGGGGAGGAGGAUUCAGCAGGGAGGAGAAGGUGGCAAAGAGCUUCCUAGGGUUAGAGGCAGAGGCUUGACAUUUAGAGUGGUAGAAAGUGGCUUUAGCAGCGGAAACAGAGGAAGAGAAUGUAGAGAGGAUGGAGUGAAAAGAUGACAGGUCUGCAGGGAGUCUAGUUUUCCUCCAUUUCCAGCUGCCCAGAGCCCUCUUCUGUGAGCUCGCAAUGAGUCGUCAAGCCACGGAGCAGGAGGGGGGGGACCGAGCCGGCCGGGAGGAUAGGGGACAUAGAGAGUCAAAAGAUGCAGCGAGGAGAGGAGGGUUGAGGAGGCAGAAUCAGGAGAUCGGAGGGAGAAGGAUUUAGCAGAGGGAAGAGAUGAUAGGAUGGAAGAGGAGAGAGUAGCGGGAGAGAGAGAGCGAAGGUUGCGACGGCACAUUACCAUCUGAGUAGGGUCAGAGUGAGUAGUGUUGGAGGAGAGCGAGAGAGAAAAGGAUACAAAGUAGUGGUCGGAGACUUGGAGAGGAGUUGCAGUGAGAUUAGUAGAAGAACAGCAUCUAGUAAAGAUGAGGUCAAGCGUAUUGCCUGCCUUGUGAGUAGGGGGGGACGGUGAGAGGGUGAGGUCAAAAGAGGAAAGGAGUGGAAAGAAGGAGGCAGAGAGAAAUGAGUCAAAGGCAGACGUAGGGAGGUUAAAGUCACCCAGAACUGUGAGGGGUGAGCCAUCCUCAGGAAAGGAGAUUUUCUUAGCCAAUCAGAGAGUGCCAUUGUUAUUGAUGCGAGAGUGCUGUCAUGAUUGCUAUGGUUAUUAUGUUCAGGUUGAGUGGCAGGCUUCACAUCGUUACACCUAUGUUUUUGCUAUGCUACAAUGCACGGGUGCAUAUCGGAGAAAAAAAGGUAUUAAAAUAGAAAACAUCAUGCGGAUGUCUGCUUUCAUCCGAGCAUAUCGAUCAGAUGCGGACGUGGAUCAGCUAAAGACAGCUAGCUAGCCCGCAGCUACGUAGCUAGCUUCACUACUAGCUAGCUAGCCAACAAGUUUUCCUCCAACAUAUGCAAACUUUGUACAGCUGUGAUCUAUUGGACAUUCUCACGGUAAGUCAAUAAAAUGUUCAACUUUUCUUCAACCUCCUGACUGCUGUGUACUUAUUUAUGUUUUUUUAAUUGAUCUGAGCCAUACCCUGGAAUCCAAACUAAUAUGCCCCGUUACUGUCCAAUCAGCAUCCUCUUAAAAAUGAUGGGUGGGUAAAAACCCACGGAGCCAAACGCUGCACUUUGGAUUAGGUCAUCUUCUGACUGGUUGAAGGUGAUCUAAUCGCUGACAAAUUUGUUUUAAUAAUGCCCCUUAUGACUUUGUCUCAAAUAGUUUUUAAUGAUGGGAUGGCCAGACUGAUAUUAUGAAGGGGAAAUUGGUGAAAAGAUUUAUAAUAAUUUCAAACUUUAUAAAUAAUUUUGUAUGAAUGGCUGCAACUUUUAAAAAAGUUUACUAAUAAUUUGUACUUGAUGUGGUUCUUAAGACAUUAACAUAUUGAUAAUGAAUAAAGGCAGAAGUAAUAAGUAAUAGUUUACAACUUCAUAGUAUGUAAAUAGCUCACUAACAUAAACAUAAUGUAGUUUUUCAUUUUUCUAAAAAAUUAUAGUUUAUAAAUCAUUUACAGAUCAUUAACAAAUUCAUUAUACAUGAUUUAUUAAUGAGCAUUGUUAAAUAGUGUUAACCGUUUUCAAAUACCUUAAUUACUAGUGGUAAAUAAAGUCGUAAUAAUGAUUUACAAGUGCUCAGUAAAUCAUUAAUACAUGCCUUAUAAAUGAUCUAUUAAUGGAUUAUAAAUAUAAAGUGUUACCAGAUCAUUGAGUAAAGAAGUGCAAGUAAUUGUAUAUCAGAUUCCAUACCAGUCUAUUGGGGUUGGGUUUGAUUCAUUCCAAUCAUCUUCGUUCAGGAGUUGGACAUCCCAGAGUCUUGUGUAGACCCAGAAGACACUCAUUCUGGUUUAAUAUCUGAGAAGAUACAACCAACACCUGAAAAAACUGACAGAGCACCUGGAGACACCCUUUCAUUACCGGCUCAGUGGAGACCCAUCUCCAAGACCACUGGACCAGAAAACAAGCCGACAGAAUCAGUCAGUAAGGACAUUACCAAGGAGACUGUGUCAGUAACCGAGAAGUCUGAAUUAAUAACCAAGGCAACUGUCUCAUUACCUGAAACUAGUUCAGUGACCAUGGAGACUGGACCAGCAUCUGUAAAAAGUAGCUUGGCAACUAAAGAAACCGGAGAAGUACCUGUAAACAUUGGAUCAGUAACCAAAGAGAUACAAUCAGUACCUGAGACUACUUCUGUAACCAAGAUGACUGGGUCAGUAACCAAGGAAAUUGAGUCAGUUGCCAAUGGUCAGUUGCCAGAUACACCCAGCGACCCCCUUGAAGACCUGGUAAGAGUACCACACCUGUGCACCACAUAUGUACACAUGUACACACAUGUACACGCAUACACACACAAUUACCAGCACGCACGUUUUACAUUUAUUUUUUUAUAGGACGGGAGAUGGGACCUCCUUCACACUCGGCUGUCUGAGAAACUUAACACCUUGAGGAAGAUUCAGGAAGAGGAUCUACAUGCGGUCAGUUCACACUGUUACACCUCCCUGAUUCAAGUACCCAUCAGACCUGGGUCACAAUUUAGCAGAGGUACAGGAUUUUAAUGGCAACUGUCUUCAAGCCAUUAUAGUGUGUUGACAGUGCUCUCCAUUUUGUUGUGUAGGCUACAGGGUCAAGGGCAGAGGGGACCGGCGGUGGCUUUGAUGGUCUGAGGGAGAUAGAGGUGUGUACUGCAAGCCUUAGGCGACUCAGACACAGAGCAAGUGGCCUUUCCUCUACCAAUUCAAAGGAAGGUGGCUAUCCCAUGUUGGAUAGAGAGCUCUACACAGCUCUAUGUGCAGUGGAGCAUUCUCUGGAAACACUCACUGGCCUGUUGCUCAGUCCCUCUAUGACCACCAUGGAGGAUAGCCAACUAAGACUGCUACAGAUUGAGGUACAGUACAUACAAACUGCUGAUUUACAUUUACAGAUCUCUGGAAAUAGGUAGCCUAUAUUGCGCUCUGGCGGUGACAUUUUUGUCGUGCAAAAGAGCACAGAUCUGGGAUUUAACUUUUCUUCAACAAUGUGAUAAAUAAGGAGUUGAUUAUUCAUAUUAUUAAGUUUAUGUAUAAAUAGUUGCCGCCUCAUAACACGCAUUGUUGAACAAGUAAACUUUGCCAGAUUAAAAAUAACAAAUUGUGCCAGGUUUAGUAUUUUUUGCACAGAUCUGUGCUCUUUUGCACCAUGGAAGUGUCACCCUGGGGUUGUUUAAUCACUCCCUAUCAAAUUAGCUUAACUGCAAUAACAAUAUCUAUAAUGAGCUUUAAUUGCAUAAUUUCAUUCACACAACACAUACCUCCUUUGGUUAUUUUCCGGUGACAAAAUCUCUGAAACUGUGCAAGUUAACUGUGCGUGUGUUUGCGCACCUGUGUGUGUGUCUGUGUUUGUGUGUGCUCAUGUGUGUCUAUGUGUGUAUGUGCCUCACAGUGCCUCUCCUCGGAGCUGCCGGCCUUGGGUGAGGAGCUGGACCAUGUAAGGUCAGGCAUCAACCCAGAUCAGUUGUCUGAAGCACCAGAGACCAUAGCCCAGUGUGUGACCUGUCUUCAUGGUUGUCUCCAAACAGCCCAGUCAGCCCUCACCUCCUCACUGAGCCGGCUACACACACAACUGGGCCACAAUCAGGUCAGUGGCUCCACACAAGCCACCUCACAACCACUCUACAACAACUUCACAAUAACAUCACAACCAACCUACAACCACUUAAGGUUUGGGAUAGGGUUAAAACAUAACAAUUUAAAAUGAGUGCCUAGCACUGGAAUUGAAUCUGUAAUCCUCAGAGCCGCAGCUCAUGGUUUAAGCCCUUCUUCAAUCCCCACCCACAACACCCUAGCAAGCCAUGAGCCUACUAGAUAGUAAUAGGCACUUGUGUUGCCCCUUGUGGACAGUAUUGAAAUUGCAUGCAUACUUCCUGGACCAAUGUCUAAUACUGCAGUGGAACUGGUGUGACCUGGCUGCCCUACAACCACAUUCAUAUCCAGAGCAACUUACAGGAGCAAUUAAUAUUAAGUGCUUUGCUCAAGGGCACAUUGACAGAUUUUUCAGCUAGUCGGCUCAGGGAUUCAAACCAGCAACCUUUCAGUUACUGGCCCAACGCUCUUAACCGCUAGUUUACUUGCCGCCCAGCACUUCACAAUCACCCCACAAACCACCCCAGAACCACCUUACAACCAUCAGAACGUUACAGAAUGUUCAGAUACCUAGAACAGAUGUCAUUGUGUUAUUUACGAUAUGCAACGGCCUCUCGUGCCUAACUGCUUAACCAAGAUUUUUCAAUGUCUGUCUCUUUUCACACUGUGUGCUGCAUGCAGGCAGGGAUGGAGCAACAGGAGAGCCACGUGUGCGUGUAUGAUGAGAUUGAACGUGGACAGAGUGACCCAUUCACACACAUCAAGGAUGUCCCCAUGCUGGAGGUACCACAUUGAAUUUGUUAAUUAUAGGGCUAGUGUGUGUGUGUGUGUGUGUGUGUGUGUGUGCCCCUUUGUCAGUAUUUUCUUCCCACAUAAUCACGCCUUUUACUCUAAAUGUCUACUGUAGGUCAGUAAUGAUGGUGUGUCUCUGCAGUAUAUCGUCGGCCGGUGUCCCGAGGAUGCAGUGGAGCUGCAGCGGGUGUCCCAGGCCCUGCUGCAGGGUGUGGCCAGUCUGGUGGCGCUAGGCCGAGAGCGUCUGGCAGACUGUCAGGACCGCCCUCCGCACAGCCGCACCCAGCUGCAGACUCUGCUCAGCAGGCACAAGGUAAGCGUAUGCUGGUCUUGGAGGAAAAGAGAGUGUUAUGUCAUGUCAAGUCAUUUUAUGCACAUUCGACUAGGCAUGGGAGCUGAAUGGAAAGGGAGAACAACUGUAGAGGAAAAUGUCUUGCCCACUCGGAAAGCAGUUGAAUCCAAGUUUAAAUAAAAGUUUGGGAUCAUCUCCAUGUAAACCACUGACCAAUUGUCAUGUGAUUUUGUCAAUUUAGAAACUGGGUUUCAAUUGAUUAUUUUGUGUGUCUGUGUCUUUUUCUAUGUCUGUCUGUGUUUGGCGAUGGCUGAACAGAAGUUGUACCAGGUUAUGGGGUCCCAGCUGGCGUUGGUGCAGCGGCUGUUCCAGUGUGGGCCACAGGGGGGGCUGGUCGGUCAGGAGGAGGAACAGGUCCGGCUGGAGAAACAGGUCACCACUCUGCAGCAACAGGCUCUGGAGCAGGGAGCCACUAUGCACAGAAGACUGCAGGUACACGCACGCACAUGAAAGACACACAUAAGUAAACACACACACUCUCUUUUAAACAGACACACACACAUACACACAUAUAUACAUACACACACACAUACACACUGUGUCUUUGUGUGUUUGCACACGUGCAUGUAUGUUUACACCCUUGUGUGUGUAUGCGUGUUUGUGCGUAGGACUGGACACAGUGGGAGGAGGGCUGUGUUCGGCUGGGCCGGCUGCUGGAGGAGCUGGAAGCCCUUAUCCCCUGCGAGGGUCCCAUGGAGGAAGAGGAGGAGGAGGAAGAAGAGGGGCUGCUACAGGAAAGACUGGACACCUGUCAGGUAUCCAAACCUCCCUCUCCUUCUCUUUUCUCUACUACUCUUCCUUCUUUCCCCAUUUUGCUCUCUCUUUGUCUCGCUGCUCCUUUGUGUCGCUCUCUCUCUACAUGCUCUUUUCUCUCUUCUUUCUCUCUGUCCGUAGACCAUCUCAGUCUUUCUCGCCGUCCCUAUCUCCGACUCCUCUCCUCUCUUGUCUUCAUCACCUCCUCAUCUCUUCUUCCUUUCACUCUUAAUCCCUCUCUCGUUUACUGUCCCCUAUUUCCUUCUGUCCACCCUCUUUCUUCUCCUCACAUACCCAAUUGAGCAACAUUUGCCCACUAAGAACUAGUUUGCUCUACAUAACAAGUUUAUCCCUUAUUCUUAAUUUUACCAAAUCAUUUGUAUCACUGGAAGAUACUGUAUAUCAUGAGCAUCAGUCAUAAGCAACAGGUGUCUUAUGUCCAAAUGAGCGAUGCAUCCUGCGAGCACUGGGAUGAAACCGCCUGUUGUCUAAUUCCAGUAACCCACAUAAAUGUAGGACGCGCCACAGGCUGACUCCUAAAUGGCACCCUAUUCCCCUCAUAGGGCUCUGGUCAAAAGCAGUCCACUAUGUAGGGAAUAGGGUGGCAUUUGAGACGCAACCAUAAAGAGAGAGCUGGAUGUGAACCAGGCCCUUCAGUGAAUGAGGGAUUCAUGGCCACCUGGCGCAAGAAAGAUGGAGAGAAAGAGAGAUGGAAAGAUAGAGGGAGAAGGAGAGGGAGAGGUGGAGAGAGAGGAAGGGUGAAAGAGAGAGGGAGAGUUAUUUGUUGUGGCAUUGCUUCAUUCCGAAAUCAGAUUACUUUGAGAAAUACGGAUGGCCAUUAUCGGAGAUUAGAACAUGAUGUUCCAUUUCGGAUUCCCUCCCCAUAUCCUCCCUUUUACAAUUACAGAAUCCUAUUUCUCAUCUCUCGGACGGACAGACUUGAGUGGAAUGUGUGUGUGUUUGUGUGUGUGUACACCUGUGUGUGUGGGUGGAAGGGUAGAGUACACAUGCUUCUUUUUAUCAAAUCUCCUUAAUAGAUUUAUGCCUUCCUCUAUCUGGCCAUAAUAACUGAAUGAGAUGCUGUUUACGUCCCAAAUGGCCCCCUAUUCCCUAUAUAGUGCACUACUUUUAACCAGGCCCAUAGGGCUCUGGUCAAAAGUAGUGUACUAUGUAGGGAAUAUGAGGCCAUUUGGGACGCAUUAGCAGUAGUGUGGGGGUGGGCAGGGGUUCAGGUGAGGAUUUGGGUGGUGAUGAUUCCAUUUUCACUCUCUCUAUGCAUUUCUUUCGCACAUUGUUCCUUGUCUCACUUUUUUUAGCAUUUUCCCCUUUUCAUAUUUCUCUCCCCAUUGUCCCUCUCAAUAUUUCUCUCCUUCUUUCUGUAACCCUUGCAAACAUCCCCUUCCUCCUCCUCCUUUUGUCUCCUCUCUCUUUCAUUCUCUGUUCCUGUCUUCCUCUCCUCUCCCUUUUCCGUCCCCGCCUCAUUCCCUUUCCCUCUCCCCACAUCCCACAAUAAUUAUUUGAUCCCUACAUUUCUUUUCAUCCCCCGUUCUUCUGGCCCUACCUCUUCUUCCUUCUCUCUUAUUCCAAAUACAUUCCCUUCUCAAUCUUUAUCCUUUCACAUUUUCACCCUAUCCCUCCCCCUAUUCACUCCCAUCUCUCUCUCUCUCUCUCUCUCUCUCUCUCUCUCUCUCUCUCUCUCUCUCUCUCUCUCUCUCUCUCUCUCUCUCUCUCUCUCUCUCUCUCACUCUCUCCCUAUUUACUGAUCCCCCUCUCCUCCCUCUUCCCCUCUCUCUCCUCCCCCUUUCUCCCCCCAUUAGCGAGUGCUGGCCCUGUUGGAGGAGUGCAAGCCUGCCCUAGGCUCGGUCCUGGACCAGGAGAAGGCUCUGCAGGCCUGGGGAUGCAGUACCGGGGUUGGCGGCACAGGGGGCGUCCUGGAGCUGCGCUGGCGGGCCAUCCGCGGCAAGGCAGAGCAGGAGAGCCAACGCAGCUGUGACAUCAGGGACAACUGGAACAGGUGGGCACACACAGACAGGGUUUUUGGAAGAUAGGCAGGGACACACACACACAACACAGCUUUGGCUAACACUUACAGUGCCUUCAGAAAGUAUUCACACCCCUUGACUGUUGCGUUACAGCCUGAAUUUAAAAUUGAUUAAAUUGACAUUUUGUGUCACUGGCCUACACACAAUAUCCCAUAAUGUCAAAGUGGAAUUAUGUUUUUAGAAAUGUUUACAAAUUAAUAAAAAAUGAAAAGCUGAAAUGUCUUGAUUAAAAAUGUGCAUACCAAUUCACAUAAUAAGUUGCAUGGACUCACUCUGUGUGCAAUAAUAGUGUUUAACAUGACUUUAAAUUACUACCCCAUCUCUGUACCCCACACAAAAAAUUAUCUGUAAGGUCCCUAAGUCGAGCAUUGAAUUUCAAGCGCAUAUUCAACCACAAAGACCAGGGAGUUUUUCCUAUGGUUCGCAAAGAAGGGCACCUGUUGGUAGAGGGGUAAAAAAAAGCAGACAUUGAAUAUCCCUUUGAGCAUGGUGCAGUUAUUAAUUACACUUUGGAUGGUGUAUCAAUACAUCCAGUCACUACAAAGGUACAGGCGCCCUUCCUAAAUCAGUUGCCGGAGAGGAAGGAAACUGCUCAGGAAUUUCACCAUGAGGCCAAUGGAGAUUUUAAAACAGUUACCAAGUAUAAUGGCUGUGAUAGGAGAUAACUGAGGAUGGAUCAACAACAUUGUAGUUACUCCACAAUACUAACCUAAAUGACAGAGAGAAAAGAAGGAAACCUGAAAAUCUAUGCCAAGACUUGAAAAUUGCUGUUUAGCAAUGAUCAGCAACCAACUUGACAAAUAUUGUACAAUCCAGGUGUGCAAAGCUCUUAGAGACUUACCCAGAAAGACUCACAGCUGUAAGUGCUGCCAAAGGUGAUUCUAACAUGUAUUGACUCAGGGGGUUGAAUACUUAUCUAUUGAAGAAAUAUUAGUGAUUUAUUUUCCAUUAAUUAAAACAAAAAAUGAAUUUUCCUUCCACUUUGACAUUUCAGAGUAUUUUGUGUAGAUCGUUGACAAAAAAAUUACAAUGAUAUCCAUUUUAAUCCCACUUUGUAACACAACAAAAAAGUAAAGGGUGUGUGAUUACUUUCUGAAGGCACUAUAAAUGUAGACUGCUUUGCAUAAGGAAACAUCGAACCCUGUUUGAACCCUGUUUUCCCUCUUGUAGGUUCCACAAAGACUCUGUCUCACUCACUGGGUGGAUGGGCAGUGCUAAAGAACGCCUGAAGACAUGGACAAGUCUGCCCGACGCCACACCUCAAGACGAGGAGCUCACCCGUAUUUACCUCAUCCAACUACUGGUAAAAUAGUUAGGAAAAAAAACUUCAGAUGACACGUUUUGUAGCUCAAAGUAGUAAAUAAUCAUUGUCAUCCAGAUCCUACCCGAAAUGUAUGGAUAUACAGUAAAUAUAGAAUAACAACUUUUAUUGUAUAACCAAUUUUAUUGUAACAUGUUAAAAAUGCAGUCCAUUUGUCUUUUCUUUCACAAACACCUGAAAAGCUAGUUUUGAGUGAAUUUUUGGUUCCUAAAUACAUUACAAAUGCCAUGGAAAAUGUUAGAAUUGCAAACUGAAUGUGUGAAUUUUGUGUGAAAUUUCGGGAAUGGGAGCUCUUUGAUUUGACGUUUAGUUUUUUUACAGGAGUUUUCAGUGGAGCUGGAAACCAAGUCAGCUGAAAAGGCCUCUGCGCUCAGGGCGGGCACAUUACUACUGCAGCUGAAGGAGGCUGAUGCACCGUGCCUGCGCAGACAGCUAGCACAGCUGGAGCAAACCUGGACCGAAGUCACGUCUGCACUUCCCAUAGCCCAGGAGAGACUGCACCAGGUGGGGAUUUGAUUGGUUGUGCUCUUGAUGAGCUGCUGAGUAGAAUAAUCAGGUGUCUUGUAGUAGAACCAGGCUGUAGUGUAGUAGAACCAGGGUAGUAGUAGAACCAGGUUGUAGUGUAGUAGAACCAGGCUGUAGUGUAGUAGAACCAGGCUGUAGUGUAGUAGAACCAGGCUGUAGUGUAGUAGAACCAGGUUGUAGUGUAGUAGAACCAGGCUGUAGUGUAGUAGAACCAGGUUGUAGUGUAGUAGAACCAGGCUGUAGUAGAACCAGGUUGUAGUGUAGUAGAACCAGGCUGUAGUGUAGUAGAACCAGGCUGUAGUAGAACCAGGUUGUAGUGUAGUAGAACCAGGUUGUAGUGUAGUAGAACCAGGCUGUAGUGUAGUAGAACCAGGCUGUAUUGUAGUAGAACCAGGCUGUAGUGUAGUAGAACCAGGUUGUAGUGUAGUAGAACCAGGCUGUAGUGUAGUAGAACCAGGUUGUAGUGUAGUAGAACCAGGCUGUAGUGUAGUAGAACCAGGCUGUAGUGUAGUAGAACCAGGCUGUAUUGUAGUAGAACCAGGCUGUAUUGUAGUAGAACCAGGCUGUAUUGUAGUAGAACCAGGUUGUAGUGUAGUAGAACCAGGCUGUAUUGUAGUAGAACCAGGCUGUAGUGUAGUAGAACCAGGUUGUAUUGUAGUAGAACCAGGCUGUAUUGUAGUAGAACCAGGCUGUAUUGUAGAAGAACCAGGCUGUAGUGUAGUAGAACCAGGCUGUAUUGUAGUAGAACCAGGUUGUAGUGUAGUAGAACCAGGCUGUAUUGUAGUAGAACCAGGCUGUAGUGUAGUAGAACCAGGUUGUAUUGUAGUAGAACCAGGCUGUAGUGUAGUAGAACCAGGCUGUAUUGUAGUAGAUCCAGGCUGUAGUGUAGUAGAACCAGGUUGUAGUGUAGUAGAACCAGGCAGCAGCAAAAGCCUGCACACCCAGUAUAACCAAGUGUCCUGUCCUCGUGUCCUCUACGUCAGUGGUUCCCAACCUUUUUUGGUUACUGUACCUCUAAAACACUUUGACCUGCCUGAAGUACCCCCUCAUGCGCCUGCGACCGGCAUAAUUCCUAAAUUAGGUGUACAUUUGACAGAAAUUAAGUUUACGCACCCAGUCAAGUUUGGCAGACUUGUUUUCAAUGUCAGGGAAGUAGGAGUUGAACUCACUGUUGAGUUUGGAUAAAUGUGAGCUUACUAUUUGCACAAUAGGAGUGUCAACAUCAUCUGUAGAAAGGUCGCCUACUGUAGGUGUCAAGCUGCUGGAAACAACUUAUAUCCCCAUCUUCACAUAUCCUCUCCCAGAGUUUGAUCAUCUUCAUGAAUCCACACACUUUGUCAUACAUGUUUAGAAUGUGUGUGUCUUUAACUUGCAGAGUUAGAUUCAGGUUGUUCAGUUUGCUGAACACAUCAGCAAGAUAGGCACGGCGGACUCCCCAGUCUGUGUCCUCCAACACAGCCACUAGGAGGUGUGUGAGUGCUUAGACAGAAAAUUAUUUUGAGCUCGCUGCUCAAAAAGCCUCUGUAGCGUUUUCACUCUAGAUAGCCAACGGACGUCAUGUUAAGCAGUAGAGGCUGGUACUCAGUCCCACUGUCAUCACAGAGCCUUUCAAACAGUCGGUGAUUCAGAGGUCUGGACUGGAUGGAUAAAGUUAAUCACUUUCACUGCGUCAUUCAAAACAUAAUGUAACUCAGGACUCAUUUUGUUGCUGGCCAAUGCCUCUCUGUGAAUGAUACAAUGGGAUUUACCUUCUUUAUCUGGGCAAUUCAUUCUUUCACUCUCCCAGGCAUUGAUGCAGCAUGAUCCGUGCGCACAUGAACACAGGAUUUCCAAUCCAGAUUGUGCUCUGAGAAAAAAUUGUCAAUAACGUGAAACACAUCCUGACCUGUAGUUCUCCCCGUUAGCUUCUUGCAGAACAGAAUGUGCUCAUUAAUUUCCAAAAUGUCUCUGUAUUGCACAAACGCAAUCAACUGGGCUUCCCUACUGACAUCAGUUGAUUCGUCCAGCUGCAGAGAAAAUGUGUCACACCCUGGUUCUGGGACUCAUUAUGUUGAGCCAGGGUGUGUGCAGUCUAUGUGGUUUUGUUCUAUGUUGGGUGUCAAAGUGUUGUAUUUCUAGGUUUGGUCAAUGACUCCCAAUCGGAGGUAACGAGUGUCAGCUGUCGGCUCGUUAUCUCUGAUUGGGAGCCAUAUUUAUUUCUGUAUGUUUUCCUGUGGGGUUUGUGGGUUAUUGUUCCGUGUUUCAGUCGUUGUACUGUGGACUUCACGAGUCGUCUUUUGUUUUGUAUUUCGGUGCUUUUUCUAAUUAAAGUCAUGUUCGUUCAACGCGCUGCGCUUUGGUCUCCUUCACUCCUAGACGAUCGUGACAGAAUAACCCACCAAAGAAAGUCCAAGCAGCGCGUCCAGGAGCAACAGGAUCCACCUACACAGGAUUUAUAUCCACCCAUAAAGGAUUCAUGGACAUGGGAGGAGAUUCUGGAUGGUAAGGGACCUUGGGCACAACCGGGAGAAUAUCGCCGUCCUCGGGAAGAGCUGGAGGCAGCUAAAGCCGAGAGGCGGCGAUAUGAGGAGGCAGCACGGAGGCAAGACUGGAAGCCUGUGGGUACUACCCAAGAAUUUCUUGGGGGGGGGCUAAGAGGGAGUGUGGCGAAGUCAGGUAGGAGACCUGCGCCUACUCCCUGGACUGACCGUGGAGAGCGAGAGUACGGGCAGACACCGUGUUACGCAGUUGAGCGCAUGGUGUCUCCUGUACGCAGGCAUAGCCCGGUUCGGUACAGUCCAGCUCCACGUAUCGGCCGGGCCAGAUUGAGUGUUGAGCCGGAUGUCAUGAAGCCGGUCCCACGCAGCAGGUCACCAGUGCGUCUCCUCGGGCCGGCGUACAUGGCACCAGCCUUACGCAUGGUGUUCCCGGUUCGCCCACAUAGGCCGGUGCGGGUUAUUCCACCUCCCCGUACUGGUCGGGCGACGGGGAGCAUCAACCCAGGUAAGGUUGGGCAGGCUCAGUGCUCAAGGGAGCCAGUACGCCUGCACGGGCCGGUAUUUCCGGCGCCACCUCCUCGCUCCAGCCCAGUACCACCAGUACCUACACCACGCACCAGGUUUCCUGUGCGUCUUCAGAGCCCUGUGUCUCCUCCACGCACUGGCUCGAUGGUGCGUGUCUCCAGCCCUUUACCACCAGUGCAUACACCACGCCCCAAGCCUCCUGUGUGUCCCCAGAGUCCUGUGCGUCCUGUUGUUGCUUCCCGCACUAGCCCUGAGAUGCGUGUCCUCAGCCCGGUACCUCCUGUUCCGGCACCACGCACCAGGCCUACGAUGCGCCUCAGACGGCCAGAGUCGGCCGUCUGCCCAACGGGGCCUGAACUGUCCGUCUGCCCAACGCCGUCUGAACGGCCCGUCUGCCCAACGGCGCCUGAACUGUCCGUCUGCCCAACGCCGUCUGAACUGCCCGUCUGCCCAACGGCGCCUGAACUGCCCGUCUGCCCAACGCCGUCUGAACUGUCCGUCUGCCCAACGCCGUCUGAACUGCCCGUCUGUACUGAGCCUGCAAAGCCGCCCGUCUGCCAUGAGCCUUCAGAGCCGUCCGCCAGACCGGAGCCGCUAGAGCUCUCCGCCAGACAGGAUCAGCCAGAGCCUUCCGCCAGACCGGAUCAGCCAGAGCCUUCCGCCAGACAGGAUCAGCCAGAGCCUUCCGCCAGACAGGAUCAGCCAGAGCCUUCCGCCAGACAGGAUCAGCCAGAGCCUUCCGCCAGACAGGAUCAGCCAGAGCCGUCCGCCAGACCGGAUCAGCCAGAGCCUUCCGCCAGACAGGAUCAGCCAGAGCCUUCCGCCAGACAGGAUCAGCCAGAGCCUUCGGCCAGACCGGAUCAGCCAGAGCCUUCCGCCAGACCGGAUCAGCCAGAGCCUUCCGCCAGACCGGAUCAGCCAGAGCCUUCCGCCAGACAGGAUCAGCCAGAGCCUUCGGCCAGACCGGAUCAGCCAGAUCCGUCGGCCAGCCAUGAGCAGCCAGAUCCGUCAGCCAGCCAUGAGCAGCCAGAUCCGUCAGCCAGCCAUGAGCAGCCAGAUCCGUCAGCCAGCCAUGAGCAGCCAGAUCCUUCAGCCAGCCAUGAGCCGUUCAGCCAGGAUCCGCCAGAGCCGUCCAGCCAGGAUCCGCCAUUGAGUCAGGUGCUGCCCCUUAUCCUGGUGCUGCCCCUUAGUCCGGUGCUGCCCCUUAGUCCGGUGCUGCCCCUUAGUCCGGUGCUGCCCCUUAGUCCGGUGCUGCCCCUUAGUCCGGUGCUGCCUCUUAGUCCGGUGCUGCCCCUUAAACCGGUGGGGGUCAUUUGGAGGAACCUACGUAAGCGGGUAGUGACUAUGGUGGGGUGGUGGUCUAGGCCGGAGCCAGAACCGCCACCGAGGAGGUAUGCCCGCCCAGCCCUCCCCUGUUUGGGGGUUUUGAGGCGCGGUCGCAGUCCGCGCCUUUAGGGGGGGGUACUGUCACACCCUGGUUCUGGGACUCAUUAUGUUGAGCCAGGGUGUGUGCAGUCUAUGUGGUUUUGUUCUAUGUUGGGUGUCAAAGUGUUGUAUUUCUAGGUUUGGUCAAUGACUCCCAAUCGGAGGUAACGAGUGUCAGCUGUCGGCUCGUUAUCUCUGAUUGGGAGCCAUAUUUAUUUCUGUAUGUUUUCCUGUGGGGUUUGUGGGUUAUUGUUCCGUGUUUCAGUCGUUGUACUGUGGACUUCACGAGUCGUCUUUUGUUUUGUAUUUCGGUGCUUUUUCUAAUUAAAGUCAUGUUCGUUCAACGCGCUGCGCUUUGGUCUCCUUCACUCCUAGACGAUCGUGACAAAAUGGACCAGAAUGAUUUAAAUAUUUUCACCACUCGAUUAACAAUGUUAACGCCCAUGUCAUUGAUCCUACGGCACACUGUGUUAUUUGACAAUGAUACAGUCUUCAGUGCAUCAGCUGCUGUUUUAUCAAUCAUAGUUUCAGUGAGGAUAACACUAGCAGGCACUCUAGCGUGUUGGGUGGGCAGAGGACAGGUAGACAGAGCAAUGCACACGCACUGAAACUAAAGUAAAAAAGUAGGCCUAUAAAUAUAAAAUAACUAGAGAUUUCACACCAGUGGCCUCAGUAAAUGUUUUCCUGCCUAUUAAGAUUGAAAAAAAAAACGUUUUCUUUGUAUAUUUUUUCGUGAUAUCAAAUUGCAAUUCAAUCUUGUCUCAUCGCUGCAACUCCCCAAUGGGCUCUGUAGAGGUGAAGGGCGAGCCAUGACCCGCCAUGCCAUGCUGCUUCUUAACACCCGCUCGCUUAACCUGGAAGCCAGCCGCACCAAUGUUUCAGAGGAAACACUGUUCAAUUGAUAACUGAAGUCAGCUUGCAGGUGCCCGGCCCGCCAUAAGGAGUCACUAGAACACGAUGAGCCAAGGAAAGCCCCCCGGCCAAACCCUCCCCUAACCCGGACGACGCUGGGCCAAUUGCACGCCGCCCUAUGGGACUCCCGGUCAUGGCCGGCUGUGACGCCUCAACACUGCGAUGCAGUGCCUUAGACCGCUGUGCCACUCGGGAGGUCCAAGAUUGAAAUAACUUGAACAUAUUUUGGGGGGUAAUAUUUGUCCCUAUAUUUUUUUCCUAAAAUGUUUUAUUAUCUUCCCACAUACCCCUUGGGGAAAAGGAAAGGGAAAGGAAUAUCGAGACGCACCCAUUAUCUUUCAAAUAAUCUCCUAAUAACACACACAGAUGGGAUGACCAAAGAGAAGAGGCGAAGACUAGUUUUUCAUUUGGCCUCUCGUUUAUCACCAGUGAAUCCGAGCAGGUUCUCAGAACUUUCAACAAACAGCCGAACGUUGUGCCAAACUGAACAGUGAGGGUGCGUCCAAAAUGGCACCUUAUUCCCUAUUUAGUGCACUACUUUUGAGCUGGUAGUGCACUACAUAAGGAAUAGGGUGUUAUUUGCGAUGCACCCUGAGAACUCUUUCAUGUACAGUAUGACCGGUUGUGGGUUCACCAACUUGAUGAAGAUAUGAGAGAGGAGGGGAUGAAAGACUAAGCUUAUCUUCAGACAACGGGAUUGUGUAAAAUAUUUGCACUGGCUCCCACAGUGUAUACAUCACCGGAUCAUCAAAACCCAUUACCUAUACUCACACACGCACAGAACAUGCAUAGAGGCAUACACAGACACACAGUCACGCGCACACACACACACACACACACACACACACACCUGGGCAUUGCCCCCUAUCCUCCCCCUUGCAGCUGUGGUCUCGGUGAAGGCCAGUUCACAGCGCCGCAUACAACGACUCUCUUUCUUUCUUUCUUUCUUUCUUUCUUUCUUUCUUUCUAACUCUAAUUUUUCCCCCUUGUGUUUAGUCAAAUCAAGGACAUAAGUCAGCUACUGGGAAACUCCUCGAUAAGAGCAGAUAAGGAUAGUUCAUUCAUGGUUUUCCACUUAUUUUGGCUGUGGUCGAAUUCACAGCUUUUGGAUAUUCUAAAACAGCAUACAAACAUUGUAUAUUUACACUGGUAUGCCUUUCUAAAGCCAUGCUCUACAUUAUAUUGUUGACUAUACGGUGCAUUCAGAAAGUAUUCAUACCCCUUGACUUAGUCCACAUUUUGUUGUGUUACAGCCAGAAUUCAAAAUUGAUCAAAUUGAUUUUUUUCUCACCCAUCCACAUACCCCAUAAUGACAAAGAGAAAAGGAAAUACGGAAAUAAUAAUGUACAUAAGUAUUCACACCCCUGAGUCAAUACAUGUUAGAAUCACCUUUGGCAGCUGUGAGUCUUUCUGGGCAAGUCUCUAAGAGCUUUGCACACAUUUACAUUUACAUUUUAGUCAUUUAGCAGACGCUCUUAUCCAGAGCGACUUACAUGAGCAAUUAGGGUUAAGUGCCUUGCUUAAGGGCACAUAGACAGAUUUUUCACCUAGUCACACCUAGAUUGUACAGUAUUGCACCGAAUAAUUUUUACAAUUCUUCAAGCUCUGUCAAGUUUGUUGUUGGCCAUUUUUAAGUCUUGCCAAAGAUUUUCAAGCUCAUUUAAGUCAAAACUGUAACUAGGCUACUCAGGAACAUUCAAUGUCGUCUUCGUAAGCAACUCCAGUGUAUAUUUGGCCUUGUGUUUUAGGUUAUUGUCCUGCUGAAAGGUGAAUUUGUCUCCCAGUGUCUGUUGGAAAGCAGACUGAACCAGGUUUUCCUCUAGGAUUUUGCCUGUGCUUAGCUCUAUUUUAUCCCCCAAAAACUCCCUAGUCCUUGUCGAUGACAAGCAUACCCAUGACAUGAUGCAGCCACCACCAUGCUUAAUGUGUUGUGUUGGAUUUGCCCCAAACAUAACACUGUAUUCAGGACAUAAAGUUAAUUUCUUUGCCAAAUUUUUUGCAGUUUUAUUUUAGUGCCUUAUUGCAAACAGGAUGCAUGUUUUGGAAUAGUUUUAUUCUGUACAGGCUUCUUUCUUUUCACUCUGUCAUUUAGGUUAGUAUUGUGGAGUAACUACAAUGUUGUUGAUCCGUCCUCUGUUUUCUCCUAUCACAGCCAUUAAACUCUGUAACUGUUUUAAAGUCACAAUUGGCCUCAUGGUGAAAUCCCUGAGCGGUUUCCUUCCUGUCCGGCAACUGAGUUCAGAAGGACGCCUGUAUCUUUGUAGUGACUGGGUGUAUUAAUACACCAUCCAAAGUGUAAUUAAUAACUUCACCAUGCUCAAACGGAUAUUCAAUGUCUGCUUUUUUUGUGAGGGAUUGGAAAACCUCCCUGGUCUUUGUGGUGAAUCUGUGUUUGAAAUUCACUGCUCGACUGAGGGACCUAACAGAUAAUUGUAUGUGUGGGGUACAGAGAUGAGGUAGUCAUUCAAAAAUCAUAUUAAACACUAUUGAGUCCAUGCAACUUAUUUUAUGACUUGUUAAGUACAUUUUUACUCCUGAACUUAUUUAGGCUUGCCAUAACAAAGGGGUUGAAUACUUAUUGACACAAGACAUUUAGCUUUUCAUUUUUAGAUUUUUUAUUAAUUUGUGAACAUUUCUAAAAACAUAAUUCCACUUAACAUUUUACAUUUUAGUCAUUUAGCAGACGCUCUUAUCCAGAGCGACUUACAGUUAGUGAGUGCAUAAAUUUUUUCAUACUGGCCCCCGUGGGAAACGAUCCCACAACCCCGGCGUUGCAAGCACCAUGCUCUACCAACUGAGCUACAGUAUUGUGUUUUGUGUGUAGGCCAGUGACACAACAUCUCAAUUUAAUCCAUUUUGAAUUCAGGCUGUGACACAACAAAAUGUGGAAAAAGUAAAGGGGUGUAAAUACUUUCUGAAGGCACUGUACUGUAUAUACAGUAUAUGCCAUUUAUAUACACACAUACACUAUAGAGUCCCUUCAUUGCUUUAUAUCCUGCUGGCGUUUUGAUGUCCCUUUCCUUCUGUGUUCCUCAGCUCCUGUUGGAGAGGUGGCCACCAUGCCAGGUAUUGUCAGGCCUGGAGGCGUGGGUGAAGGAGACAGAAGCCAGGCUGGAGGAGCAGGGACAGGCCACCAGCAAGGCCUGCCAUGACGCGGAUCAGCUCAGACACAUACUCCAAUACUACCAGGUACAUUAACACGCACGCACGCACGCAGGCACACACACACACACACACACACACACACACACACACACACACACACACACACACACACACACACACACACACACACACACACACACACACACACACACACACACACAUACAUACACACACACACACACACACACACACACAUACAUACAUACAUACACAGCUAUGUAUUGAGAAACACAGGACUAGUCCCACAUUUAAUUAAUUGUAAUAUGGAUAAAUAAAUGCCAUUAUUUACCAAGUUAUCAUAGUACACAUACAUUUAUUUGUAUGCCUACCAUAGUACAUACCAAAGUAUACUAUGGUAAACUAUAGUACAUACUAUAGUACACAAGACACAGAACUCUGUGGCCUUUUGCAAAACAGUAAAUGUGUUUUCAAAACAUUAAUACAUUCAUCAAAACUAUAUGAUACCAUCAAAAUUGCAAAUACAUAAAUGAAAAGAACACCACAGCCUGCAAAAAGAUUAAUGAAACCAUACUUAUCUCUUGAGUCUAAGCAGACCAAACAGAAAGUUUGUCUGUGUUUAAAAUAUCCCAGUAGAUCGAUACAUUUUCUUUGCAGUCACUAAAUCAGGGUUCCCCACCUGGAGGCCCACUGGGGAUUGUAUUCAGCCACCCAAGUUUUCUGAGCAAUAAAUAAAUAAAUCAUAUGUUUUGGGGGACAUAAAAGACUGUAAACACACAAGCAAACCAGCUCCAAGUCAUUUUCAUUUUGGAAAGUAUUCUCACGCAUAAUAGAGUGUGAUCAUAUACAAAUGUAAGCAAGGUUUGAAAUGAUUAUGUUUUAGUCAAAUAUAAUACUUCUUGCGGUCAAUUUGCAGUCUACAAAUUAUUUGUAAUUAUGUUCUGGACCCCUGACCAUCCUCUCAAGAAAAAAUUGGCCAGCGGCUGAAUCUAGUUGAUGAUCCCUACACUAAAUCGUGACGAUCAAAAUUGGAAGUACAACUAUCCAAAGGUGCGGUAUUACUCAAGCUGAACCCUGGCAAGACGGAGCUGCUCUUCCUCCCGGGGAAGGACUGCCCGUUCCAUGAUCUCGCCAUCACGGUUGACAACUCCGCUGUGUCCUCCUCCCAGAGUGCGAAGAGCCUAGGCGUGACCCUGGACAACACCCUGUCGUUCUCCGCCAACAUCAAGGCGGUGACCCGCUCCUGCAGGUUCAUGCUCUACAACAUUCGGAGAGUACGACCCUGCCUUACACAGGAAGCGGCACAGGUCCUAAUCCAGGCACUUGUCAUCUCCCGUCUGGACUACUGCAACUCGCUGUUGGCUGGCCUCCCUGCCUGUGCCAUUAAACCCCUACAACUCAUCCAGAAUGCCGCAGCCCGUCUGGUGUUCAAGUUCUCUCACGUCACCCCCCUCCUCCGCACACUCCACUGGCUUCCAGUUGAAGCUCGCAUCCGCUACAAGACCAUGGUGCUUGCCUAUGGAGCAGUGAGGGGAACGGCACCUCUGUACCUUCAGGCUCUGAUCAGUCCCUACACCCAAACGAGGGCAUUGCGCUCAUCCACCUCUGGCCUGCUGGCUCCCCUUCCUCUGCGGAAGCAUAGUUCCCGCUCAGCCCAGUCAAAACUGUUCGCUGCUCUGGCACCCCAAUGGUGGAACAAGCUCCCUCACGACGCCAGGACAGCGGAGUCACUCACCACCUUCCGGAGACAUUUGAAACCCCACCUCUUUAAGGAAUACCUGGGAUAGGAUAAAGGAAUCCUUCUACCCCCCCCCCCCCCCCCCCCCCCCCAAUUGUAAAGUGGUUAUCCCACUGGCUAUAGGGUGAACGCACCAAUUUGUGAGUCGCUCUGGCUAAGAGCGUCUGCUAAAUGACGUUAAUGUGCCCUUGAGCAAGGCACUUAACCCUAAUUGCUCCUGUAAGUCGCUCUGGAUAAGAGCGUCUGCUAAAUGACUAAAAUGUAAAUGUAAAUGUACUCUUCUUGCAUAUUUAACUGAACAAUUUAAAUACAUCAAAUCAAAUAUUAUUCCUGAUUUUUAAAAACAUGUUUAAAAAAAUAAGCACCUUGUGUGUAGGAUUCCUUCAUCGGUUUCAUCCAAUUCCAUGUAUUCAAUACAAAGGUUGGUUUGCUCAUAGUUUUGUAGACUUUCCAUUGGCACACAGAAACACAAUCCACAAUAGAAAUAAGGAAAGGUGAAUACAAUGGAGGAACACAAAUGAAUUUAUAGGCCUAAAUUCACACCAAAGCAACGCUCUAUAAUGGAAGGUCACAAUGUUGGAGAUGAUGACUUAGGAGUCAGUGAUUGGAUGAUUUAGAAACAGUGAACACAAUUGCACACAUUUAUCUUCUAAUGAAAAUAAUCUGUUAAUAUUCUGUGAACAAAACACUUAACAGUGUAUUUUGUUUUCAAUGAUGACAUUUGUUUUUAAUGUUUUGCAAAAGGUGGUCCAAGAUAUUCAAGUCAGGUAGUAAGAUAAAGAAAAUGAUCAGAGGUUCUGUAAAUGUACAGUAUUUGAGCAUUUGAUCAUCGCUGUUCUGCUAUAGAUACGUUUCAACACAGAUCCAAAAAUUGCUUGUACGCGAUUGAGAAAAACUGUAAUGUCCGAAAGGUACUACAGCGUGUAGUGUAUUCUACAGUCGUGGUCAAAAGUUUUGAGAAUGACACAAAUACUAAUUUUCACAAAGUCACUGCCUCAGUUUUGAUGAUGGCAAUUUGCAUAUACUCCAGAAUGUCAUGAAGAGUGAUCAGAUGAAUUGCAAUUAAUUGCAAAGUCCCUCUUUGCCAUGAAAAUGAACUUAAUCCCCAAAAAACAUUUCCACUGCAUUUCAGCCCUGCCACAAAAGGACCAGCUGCCAUCAUGUCAGUGAUUCUCUCGUUAACACAGGUGAGAGUGUUGACGAGGACAAGCCUGGAGAUCACUCUGUCAUGCUGAUUGAGUUAGAAUAACAGACUGGAAGCUUUAAAAGGAGGGUGGUGCUUGAAAUCAUUGUUCUUCCUAUGUUAACCAGGGUUACCUGCAAGGAAACACGUGCCGUCAUCAUUGCUUUGCACAAAAAGGGCUUCACAGGCAAGGAUAUUGCUGCUAGUAAGAUUGCACCGAAAUCAAACAUUUAUCGGAUCAUCAAGAACUUCAAGGAGAGAGGUUCAAUUGUUGUGAAGAAGAAGUCAGGGCGCCCAAGAAAGUCCAGCAAGCGCCAGGACCGUCUCCUAAAGUUGAUUCAGCUGCGGGAUCAGGGCACCACCAGUGCAGAGCUUGCUCAGGAAUGGCAGCAGGCAGGUGUGAGUGCAUCUGCAUGCACAGUGAGGCGAAGACUUUUGGAGGAUGGCCUGGUGUCAAGAAGGGCAGCAAAGAAGCCACUUCUCUCCAGGAAAAACAACAGGGACAGACUGAUAUUCUGCAAAAGGUACAGGGAUUGGACUGCUGAGGACUGGGGUAAAGUCAUUUUCUCUGAUGAAUCCCCUUUCCGAUUGUUUGGGGCAUCCGGAAAACACCUUGUCCGGAGAAGACAAGGUGAGCGCUACCAUCAGUCUUGUGUCAUGCCAACAGUAAAGCAUCCUGAGACCAUUCAUGUGUGGGGUUGCUUCUCAGCCAAGGGAGUGGGCUCAUUCACAAUUUUGCCUAAGAACACAGCCAUGAAUAAAGAAUGGUACCAACACAUGAGACCAGCUUCUCCCAACCAUCUAAGAACUGUUUGGUGACGACCAAUGCCUUUUCCAGCAUGAUGGAGCACCUUGCCAUAAGGCAAAAGUUAUAACUAAGUGGCUCUGGGAACAAAACAUCGACAUUUUGGGUCCAUGGCCAGGAAACUCCCCAGACCUUAAUCCCAUUGAGAACUUGUGGUCGAUCCUCAAGAGGUGCGUGGACAAACAAAAACCCACAAUUCUGACAAACUCCAAGCAUUCAUUAUGCAAGAAUGGGCUGCCAUCAGUCAGGAUGUGGCCCAGAAGUUAAUUGACAGCAUGCCAGGGCGGAUUGCAGAGUUCUUGAAAAAGAAGGGUCAACACUGCAAAUAUUGACUCUUUGCAUAAACUUAAUGUAAUUAUCAAUAAAAUCCUUUGACACUGAUGGAAUGCUUGUAAUUAUACUUCAGUAUACCAUAGUAACAUCUGACAAAAAUAUCUCAUAACACUGAAGCAGCUAACUUUGUGAAGACCAAUACUUGUGUCAUUCUCAAAACUUUUGACCACGACUAUACAGUGUACUACAAAAUUCGAUAGUAAGUACUACACGAUCGAGAGAUACUAGUGUGUAGUGUAUUCUACAGUAUACUACAAAAUUCUAUAGUAAGCACUACACAUGAUCGAGGGAAUCUACAGAAUGUAUUAUAGUAUUCUACAGUAAACUGUAGUAUUUUUUAUGUGGGGUAGUAGAGUAGAGUAGUAGGGAUUCCUGUGUGUUAAUGCCAGUGUGUGCUGUGGUGUUUCAUUCCUUAGGGGUGCCAGGCAGGCAGUGCCAGCGGGCAACUCACCCUGGAUUUCCUGUGCCAGUCCGGACCGCAGUCAGUGGCAGCGUCGGACAACUCUGCCCGCUGCUCUGAGGAGCGCACACUCUUUGCAGAGCAAAUGGGAGCCCUCAACUUGAGCUGGCUCCUCCUAGAAGGGAAGCUGGGCAGUCAGGUGAGUACGACAGCUAACCAAAUAAAACCAGGCUCACUAUUGUGAUAGCCAAUCAAAUUAAGGCUUUUUAUCAUCUAAACAAGGAAUCAGGACUCUACUAAAUAAAGGUGGAAAGCUGUCAACUGCAAAGUAUAAUAAUAUUUUAAAAAUGAUGACCAGGAGUUUCACAAAAUCUUCAUAGCUAACGUAGUACUUUAUCAACAUUUGUCAAUUGAAGCAGUUUGCUUUUCUUAGAGUGGCAUGGGUCUGGGUCAUCGAGAGAAAUAAAGGGCUGGGGUCAAUUCCAUUUCAAUUCAGUCGAUUCAGGAAGUGAACUGACAUUUCCAAUUCUAAUUUUCCAUCGUGAAUUUACCGAAUUGAAAUGGAAUUGACCCCAACCCUCGUGUCUGUAUGAUACCUAUGGUUUGCAGGUGCGCCAUGCUGAGGAGCUGUUCCACACCUGCGCAGACAGAGAGAAGCGACUGCGGCGGGUGCUCAGCUGGGCCGAGGGGGAAAGAAAGAAGCUGAGGGAGUGGCAGAGACCUGUCAGUCAGACGCAGGUGGACAAGGCCCUGCUUGAGUGGGAGGUAUGGAGCGUUUAACAAGCCAGAACUUGAGACAUGGAUACUAUACUCUAUGCACUGUAUGUAGAUGGGGACUUCAUUGAGUGAAUAGUGUGUGUUUGUGUGUGUGUGCUUGUUUGCGUGCUCACGCAUGUGUGUGCGCAUGCCUGAGUUGUGUGCAUUUCUUUAUAGAACAGUUGACAAAAGGUGACUUCCUCUCUAUCUGUUCAGGCUGUGGAGGAGAAACUGAAAGACGUGUUUGUGGAGGUAGAGGAUCUGGUCCAGGACACCUGGUCUGCAGACACAGUCAACCAGGUCUGCACAAACCUCAACCAACAGGUGACUAACACACACAUUGACACAGGCCACAAGUUAACUAGUUAACUAUGGUUUUUGUUAGUUAACUAUGGUUUUGUUUGUUAACUAUGGUUUAAUUUAUUAAACUCAGACUCUGCGAUACGACAUUGCCACAAGCAGCACCGCAGAUACAGUGCCUACCAUAACUAUUCAGUGCCCUUGGAUUUUUUUACAUGGGUUACAAAGUGGGGUUGAAAUGGUCUACACUGAUCUACAGAAAAUACUCCAUAAUGUCAAAGUAAAAAGAAAAUUAUAUAAAUGUUAACAAAUUAAUAAAAAAUGUAUAACUGACAUUUCUUGGUUAUAUACAGUACCAGUCAAAAGUUUGGACGCACUUACUCAUUCAAGGGUGUUUCUUUAUUUUUAUAAUUUUUCACAUUGUAGAAUAAUAGUGAAGACAUCAAAACUAUGAAGUAACACAUAUGGAAUCAUGUAGUAACCAAAAAAGUGUUAAACAAAUCAAAAUAUAUUUUAUAUUUGAGAUUCUUCAAAUAGCCACCCUUUGCCUUGAUGCCAGCUUUGAAUACUCUUGGCAUUUCCUCAACCAGCUUCACCUGGAAUGCUUUUCCAACAGUCUUGAAUGAGUUCCCCCAUUUGAUGAGCACUUGUUGGCUGCUUUUCCUUCACUCUGCCGUCCAACUUAUCCCAAACCAUCUCAAUUGGGUUCAGGUCGGGGGAUUGUGUAGGCCAGGUCAUCUGAUGCAGCACUCCAUCACUCUCCUUCUUGGUAAAAUAGCCAUUACACAGCCUGGAGGUGUGUUGGGUCAUUGUCCUGUUGAAAAACAAAUGAUAGUCCCACUAAGCCCAAACCAGAUGGGAUGGCGUAUCACUGCAGAAUGCUGUGGUAGCCAUGCUGGUUAAGUGUGCCUUGAAUUCUAAAUAAAUCACAGACAGUGUCACCAGCAAAGCACCCCCACACCAUAACACCUCCUCCUCCAUCCUUUACGGUGGGAGCUACACAUGCGGAGAUCAUCCGUUCACCCACACCACGUCUCACAAAGACACAGCGGUUGGAACCAAAAAUCUCCAAUUUGGACUCCAGACCAAAGGACAAAUUUCCACCGGUCUAAUGGCCAUUGCUCGUGUUUCUUGGCCCUAGCAGGUCUAUUCUCCUUAUUGGUGUCCUUUAGUAGUGGUUUCUUUGCAGCAAUUCGACCAUGACGGCCUGAUUCACACAGUCCCCUCUGAACAUUUGAUGUUGAGAUGUGUCUGUUACUUGAACUCUGUGAAGCAUUUAUUUGGGCUGCAAUUUCUGAGGCUGGUAACUCUAACGAACUUAUCCUCUGCAGCAGAGGUAACUCUGGGUCUUCCAUUCCUGUGGUGGUCCUCAUGAGAGCCAGUUUCAUCAUAGUGCUUGAUGGUUUUUGCGACUGCACUUAAAGAAACUUUAAAAGUUCUUGAAAUUUUCCGUAUUGACUGACCUUCAUGUCUUAAAGUAAUGAUGGACUGUCAUUUCUCUUUGCUUAUUUGAGCUGUUAAUAUGGACUUGAUCUUUUACCAAAUAGGGCUAUCUUCUGUAUACCCCUCCUACCUUAUCACAACACAACUGAUAAGCUCAAAUGCAUUAAGGAGGAAAUAAAUUCCACAAAUUAACUUGUAAGAAGGCACAUCUGUUAAUUGAAAUGCAUUCCAGUUGACUACCUCAUGAAGCUGGUUGACAGAAUGCCAAGAGUAUGCAAAGCUGUCAUCAAGGCAAAGGGUGGCUAUUUGAAUAAUAUUUUGUUUAACACUUUUUUGGUUACUACAUGAUUCCAUAUGUGUUAUUUCAUAGUUUUGAUGUCUUCACUAUUAUUCUAUUCUAUUAUUAACCCUUGAAUGAGUAGGUGUGUCCAAACUUUUGACUGGUACUGUAAGUAUUAACCCCCUUUGAUAUGGCAAGCCUAAAUAAGUUCAGGAGUAUUGCACUCUGUGUACAAUAAUAGGGGUAGACAUGGUUUUUGAAUGACUACCCCUUCUCUGUACCCCCCACACCCAAUUAUCUGUAAGGUCCUUCAGUCAAAUAGUAUAUUUCAAGCACAGAUUCAACUACAAAGACCAGGGAGCUUUUCCAAUGCCUCGCAAAGAAGGGCACUGAUUGAUAGAUCAAAAACGCAGACACUGAAUAUCCAUUUGAGCAUGGUGAAGUUAUUAAUUAGGCUAAUAUUAAUCACUACAAAUAUACAUGCAUCUUCCUAGCUGAGUUGCCGGAGAGGAAGUAACCGCUCAGGGAUUUCACCAUGAGGCCAAUGGUGAUUUUAAAACUGUUACCGAGUUUAAUGGCUGUGAUAGGAAAAAACUGAGGAUGGAUCAACAACAUUAUAGUUACUCCACAAUACUAACCCAAAUGACAGAGUGAAAAGAAGGAAGCCUGUACAGAAUAUAAAUAUUAAAAACAUGCAUCCUGUUUGCAACAAGGCACUAAAGUAAUACUGCAAAAAUGUGGCAAAGGAAUACACUUUUUGUCCUGAAUACAAAGCGUUAUGUUUGGGGCAAAUCCAACACAACACAUCAUUGAGUACCGCUCUCCAUAUUUUCAAGCAUGGUGGUGGCUGCAUCAUCUACACCAAAUCUACACUGUAGCUUCUUACCAAGAAAACAGUAAAUGUUCUUGAGUGGCCAUGUUACAGUUUUGACUUAAAUCGUCUUGACAAUCUAUGGCGAGACUUGAAAAUGGCUGUCUGGCAAUGAUCAACAACUAAAUUGACAGAGCUUGAAGGAUUUUGAAAAGAAUAAUGGGCAAAUAUUGCACAACCCAGGUGUGCAAAGCUCCUAGAGACUUACCCAACAAGCUUCACAGCUGUAAUUGCUGCCAAAUGUGUUUCUAACAUGUAUUAACUCGGGGGGGAUACUUAUCUGAUCAAGAUAUUUUAGUUAAAUUCUUCAUUAAAAGAUGAACAUAUAUAUAUAUGCUUUUUCUUCUAAAUCCAUUUUAAUCCCCACUUUGUAACACAAUAAAAUGUGAAGAAAUCCAAGGGGGGUAAAUACUUAUUAUAGGCGCUGUAUUCAGAUGAGCAUGAUGCAAGACUUUGCUCUCACACAGUCACGCAGAGUAUCACGCUGCCACAAAGUGAUAGCUACGAGGUCAAAACAGAGGAGAAGUUUAGCCUCGCACUUCAAUGCUCUUAGUUGUUGUGGAAAUUGACCCAAUAUUGCUGUUUACUUCAUGCAUAAUUAUAUCUUUACUUAUGGUUUUAUUUGUUAUCUGUGCUCAUAUUAAAAAACAAGGAAAACAAAAAUAAUUUAAUUUGAAAAUGUAUUUUCAUGCUGGGCUGAAAGAGAAGUCUGCAAACACUUGGGUCCUGCAGGACCCCAUUGCUGCCAUGUUUCCACUGCUCUGGCAUGUUAUGUGUCAUACAAUAUGACAUAAAAGCGCUUUACACACUACUGAGCUAAACUGAGUUAAGCAAAACCAAGCUGUACUGAGCUGGCCUUGCUACGCAUCCACUAUAGUUGUUGGAACCAUGCAGAAAAAUACAUUGUGAAAAUGAAAUAUCCAAGCCAACACAGCUUGUUUCAGGUCAACAUGAUAGUGUGAAAAGGGUGCUAUUGGUAUUUUGUGUCCCCUACAGGUUGGGAGCCUAAGGCCUGCUCUCCAGCGGGUGCGUGUUCAGUGGGGCCAGUUUGAGAAGGAGCUGGGUGAUGUUUCACUCUACACCACUAGGCUGCGCUGUGGUCUGGAACACAGCAGUGGCCCCCUCCUCUCCUCCCACCAGGUCAAAAGGCAUGUGGAGCAGCUACAGGUGAGUGUGAUGGAGUAG